UUCUCACAAGCAGUCCCACAGUUGUGGGUUUGGGUAGUGGCUGCAAAAGGAUUUGGAGGGAAAGGAAGCACAAGUACAAACUGCAUUAGAAAAUAUUUCCAUAUUUGUGCAAUAGGAUUGGAAGAACGAGGCAUCUCCAUGCUUCACGGCUGAAGGUUAGAACAAACCUGGGCUGCCAGAUACCAUCGCAAACUGCCACAUCAGCAAGGACUGAACCUGGCCAGAGGAUCAAGAAAUAAGAUUUUCUAGGUUCUGGAAAAGUCAAUAUGUUGGAUCAGAUUCACUGGCUGGCUGCUGUGACAGUCCUGGGAGUCCUGGAGCAAGCCUACUUCUUCCUGCAGGUGAUCUAUGCUAGGAGGUUGUUUGGCAUUUCACCUCCAAAGACCUCAGGCCCUCCUGAAUUUGAAAGGAUCUUUCGAGCACAGGUGAACUCCUCUGAGUAUUUUCCCCUCUUCCUGGCAGUUCUGUGGCAGGCUGGACUCUUCUUCCAUCAAGGUCUGGCUGCAGCCUUGGGUCUGCUCUAUCUCUACGCCCGCUACUGCUACUUUAUGGGAUACAAGGCAUCAUCCUCAGAAAGGGAGGAAGGGGCUGUUCCCAGGCAGGAAGAUCGAUGUCAGCAGCUGCCUCUCUCCCACCAGACUCACCCCGAUAUACUUCAGCGCUGGAGUUCUCUGGAUUCUCAUUGCAGUGUCAGCCCUGGGCAUCCUGCAUUUCUUCCUCUCUCACUAUGUGGGGCUGAACGUCCUCCAGCUUCUCACAGCAUGACCCACUCCUCUGUGCUUCAUCAUUGUCCUCAUCUUUGAGUCCUGCUCCCUCCUGCCUGCCUAAACAGACUGGCUGCAACUCAACAGCCCUCAAUGAGAAAUCCACCCUCACCCGAGCUUUUAACACCUCCUUCCUCACUAUCCAGCACUGGCAGGAGCUGCUGAGCAGUUUAGGAGAUAUUUUUCCCCCAUGGCACUUUGUGUGACAAGUGCUCCACAUCUGGCGGCUCCAUUGUGUCUGAUGCAGAAACAACAACCCCAGACAAGGACAUAUAAAAGCAAACUCUUCUCAGUCUGAGUUUCCCAGUGAGUUGCCAAAGGGAAGUGCCAUGUGUUCCCCAUUAUGCAGCAGCUCUGCCCUCAGCCCAGGCACAGAUUCAUGCCAGUUUUCCAAGCCCACACCUAAGAAAGGCAUUUGUUUGGAACCAGAUGUGGGCUGAGACAUAACAAAAGAGGUGAGGGAUAAACUGGAGUAGCCACCAACAUGUUGUGCAAAAGUCUGUUGGUGCCUUCAUGCUGGUUAUCAGCCACUGCUGUAAAUCAGACUCUGAAAACUCAUCACCAUUGCUGUGUGCGCCACUUCAAACUCAGCCCAGUGACAACAGGCAGAAAUAAAAGGUCACUGA